GUUUUACAAUGCUUUAAAAGUCUGUUCCUGCAGGCAUACCAGCAUAACCAUGGCAACAGAAAGAGCAGGAAGAAGCAACCUGUCACAUGGUACAAUUGUUGAUAUCUCUUGUAUAGAAAAAGUAGGGCAAGUAGCCAAAAGCUGAACUUAGUCCUGGCAACUUUUCUGUCCCCAGAAGAAUGAGCUUUGAGUUUCUACAAUAUGGUCACACUGUCACAUUGUCUGUAGCAACUGGAGUCAGACAUUGCAGUCUGAUGAAGAUCAGCUUAGAAAAACACAUACACACAGCUGUCAGGAUUGUUGGGCGUCUGCGUGGCUGAAGAUAAGGAGUACAAAAUGUUUACUUUCAGUGAGAUAGCCCCUCUGAAUGAAACAGAGCCUCAGAACAAGAUCCUGAAGCCAUGGUGGGAUGUUGUCAUGGAAUAUUUGGUUAUGGUCAUGCUGAUGGCAUCCAUUGUCAUGGGAACCAUGCUGAUACUGAAAGACAAGGUAGUCUGCUUACCAGUAGACCCUGACAGCUUAAUGAAUGACAGCUCUAAAGGUGACUCAGCAUCAGUGACAAAUCCUACAGUUUCUUCAGGAAACCUAACUCAGACUGCAUUUUCAGCCAUGCCAAAUGAAAAUACCCAAACAACAGCUUUGCCUCCUGCAGCCCAACGUGGACGGCCAACUAAACUGGACUACCAGCAGUAUAUCUAUAUCAGCCAUGUUUGCUACCAAAAGGCUAUUCCCUGGUAUUCUAAAUACUUUCCUUAUCUUGCAUUGGUACAUUCCCUCAUAUUAAUGAUAAGUAACAAUUUUUGGUUUAAGUACCCCAAAACAUCCUCUAAGAUUGAACACUUUAUUACUAUCCUUAUAAAAUGCUUUGAAUCACCAUGGACAACUAAGGCUCUCUCAGAAACAGCAUGGGAAGAUCCUGAAGUCAAUCAAAACAAGAUGAAAUUCUCCACAGCAAAGAAAUCUGAAAGAGAAGCUAGCCAAGAUUCCACUAAUAGUACACCACUGCUAUUAAACAGUGAUACUCCAUUUGAAAACCCAGUGUCUGAGAUCUCACCUGUUACAAUCCUCGACAAAAAAGAUGGGGAGCAAGCAAAGGCUCUUUUUGAAAAGGUGCGGACCUUCCGUGCUCAUACUGAAGAUAGUGAUCUGAUCUACUUGUGCUAUUUAGGUCAAACAGUUUUCAAGGUCUUAAAAUUCUUAAUAAUUGUAGGUUAUACCUCAACCAUUGUGGGUUCUAUAACAUUUGAGCAUGUCUGCAUACCUACUAUCCAAACCCUCACUGGAUACACGGUUUUCUUUUGCACACACAAUAUGGCUAAUAUAGUCAGAAAGUUUUUAGUAAUGUAUAUUGUCCUGGUAUGCCUCUAUGGGUUGAUUGGUGUCUAUGCACUCUUUUGGUUCUUUAGGCAGCCUUUGAAAGAAUAUUCCUUUGAGAAAGUACGUGAAGAGAGCAGUUUUAGUGAUAUCCCUGAUGUCAAAAACGACUUUGCUUUCCUGAUGCACAUGGUGGACCAGUUUGACCCACUUUUCUCUAAAAGGUUUGCUAUAUUUAUGUCUGAGGUCAGUGAGAGCAAACUGCUGGAGGUUAAUCUAAACUAUGAGUGGACAUAUGAAAAACUGAAACAGCAUGUCUCUAGAAACAACCUUGGCCAGCAGGAACUGCAGUUGUUUAUGCUUCCUGGGUUACCCAAAGCCGUCUUUGAUAUGUCUGAUCUGGAGGUUUUGAGCCUGGAACUCAUGCCGGAUGUAAAAUUUCCAGCUAAGGCAUCCCAGAUGGUAUCAUUGAAAGAACUUCACCUAUUUCAUUCUCCCGCUAAAGUAGAACCAAUUACAUUAAAUCUAUUUAGAGAACAGCUGCUAAUCUUACACAUCAAAUUCACUGAUAUUAGGGAGAUUCCCUUGUGGAUUUAUACUCUGAAAAAUCUUAGAGAACUUCACCUCUCUGGUAAUCUUAAUGCAGAAAACAACAAAAUGAUAGCUCUGGAAUCCCUUAAAGAACUGAGACAUUUAAAAAUUCUGAAGAUUAAAAGUAAUCUUUUUAAAAUUCCAUCUAGCAUUAAUGAUGUAGCACAUCAUCUCACCAAGCUGAUCAUUCAGAACGAUGGAACUAAAUUAGUGGUCCUCAACAACUUAAAAAAGAUGACCAACCUCACUGACCUUGAGCUGGAAAAUUGCAAGCUUGAGCGGAUUCCCAGUGUAAUAUUUAACCUGACCAGUCUUCAGAGAUUAGACCUGAAAUCUAAUGACAUCUGGUCAGUAGAAGACAUUAUGAAUUUCCAGCAGCUUAAAAGACUGACCUGCCUGAGAUUGUGGCACAAUAAUAUUACAUCUGUUCCAAACACCAUCAGUUUCAUUAGAAACCUUGAACAGCUUUCCCUUUCUAAUAACAGACUGACAGGUUUGCCAAGUGGUAUUUUUAUGCUGAAGAAACUGAGAAUGCUGGAUGUAAGUUAUAACUUAAUCAGAUUCCUUUCAGAAGAAAUUGGCCAACUUGAAUUCUUGCAGUAUCUAGCCAUCAAUGAUAACACUCUUGAAAUUCUGCCAGUUCAGCUUUUUAACUGUUUUAAAAUGAAGAGUUUAAAUCUGAGUAACAAUAGUUUAUCUGUUCUUCCUGCUGAAGUGGGACAGCUAACUCAGCUGACACACCUAGACUUGAAAGGGAACUGUUUAGACAGCCUCCCACUGGAAAUUGCAUCUUGCUCCUUCCUUAAAAAGAGUGGUUUCAUUGUGGAAGAUUGUUUGUAUGGAACUCUGCCAUCUGAGGUACAGGAGCAAUUCAGUGACAGCACUUUUGUAAGUUCCAUUUAAAGUACAUAUAGACAAAUAACUAAAUCCCAUUUAACCACUAAGUACUCUAAACAGCCUUAUACAGUGGUACUUGAUUGCUACAAAGAAAAAAAAAACAUGUAUCAAUUAUUUUAUUUGAAUACUAGUUAGUAUAAGUUUUUAAACCAAUGGAUACAUUUUUUAUGGUUUGAAACUUUAUAAAGAGAAUUUGGGAAUAAUUAUUGCAGUGAAAUUUUCUGCUUAACAAAUUAGUGAUAUAUAUUUCUCAUUGACUUUCAAGGCACAGAAAACAGCAGUGUGAUAAGAAUGAAAUUUUAGGAAUGAAGUACUGCAUUUUGAAUUUGUAUAACAUUUUAUUUAAAAAAAUACUCUUAAAAAUCUGGAAAUCAGGCAAGUUUGACUUGCAGUUGAACAAGAAGAUAAGAAAUGGCACGUCUACAAAGUGGAGGAAGUAUAAAUUAGCAUAUCAGCUCUCCUGAUAGGUAUCAUACUUUUCUGCAGUAGAAGGCUUUAAAAACAUCAUAUGGAAAAUGAGUUUUGCAGAGUAGCACUAUUUGCUCCAAAUGUUUGAUAAUUUGUUUUCUAGUUAGACACUGGAUUUACCUGGCAAAAGUAACUAUCACAAUUGUUCUCUAGCUUCUUCAAUUAAUAAGAGAAUAAUUUAUAAGCAGUUAUAAAGUUGAGUCAGCAUUGUUCAAAAUGCAUGAAUGACUUUCAGCAUAUGCAGACAACAUUAUCUUAUUGUCUGUCUUUUGUGUGCGGAGUGGGAGAGAUACUUUGUCUUAAGUCCGAUUAAGAAAAAAUAACAAGAAAGGUAUGUGCAAAGCCUCUACUUUACAACAUAACAACAAAAUAUUUUAUUAUAAAGUUAUGUUGAAGUUCUUUCAAAAAAGAAUGAUGAUAUGAUGUGAGAACAUUGCAGCCAGUUGUGUUAAGGUACUUGUGAGUUAACUGUCUAAAUGACCACUGUCAUUGUUAAGUCCUCUAUUGAGUCAUUGAUGCUGUUAUGCAUUUCAUAGAUAGAUAGUCACACUACACAAUAUGCAAAUGCUUCUACAUUUUUCAGGAGGUAUACAUGAUUGAAAUCACCACUUAACGAGAUUUGUCCAAAAGGCUAGCUUCUAUACAGUGAGCUGAUCUAACAUUUAUUUAUUUCAUUACUGGUAAAUAUUGACCAGAGUAACUAAAAGUGGUCAAUGUAACCUGUGGGUAGUUUACAAAGAUAUGAUCUGCUGGUGUAGACAAUGAUGGCAUAGCAUCAGAAAAAAAGCUUUCCAAAUGAGAGGGGCAUUUCAUAUUUCAUAUCCACCUGGAAAAUUAGAGUUUAUGUAGAGUGUGAUUUAAUGUUUUAGUUGAAAUCUUGACACCUCAUGAUUUAUCUCUUCUCCUCAAAAAAACAGUAUUACAAUAUCAGCCAUGACUGCCAAAUAAGUACACAAUGUGAAUCUAAAGCAAUCAGUCUUUCAGUCUUUGGGAAUUUUAAAGAAUUUCAUAGAAAGCCAUAUAAAAGAACAGUUACCCAAACACAGAGUGGGUCAAUAAUCUUCAUGGAAACAUUCUGGAUCCAGCUUUCAAAAAAUGCUUGUCGUGGGAGUUAAUUUCCUUGUUCACUGAUUUUUAUUAAUAAUGCCUUGCAAGAGAAAAGUAAAUGAAGAUUCAGCGCAAUGUUGUUAUGGUUAAAUACAGACGUAUUCAUUCAUUUAUAUUAUAUUAUGAAGAAAAUGCUAGACACAGAAAGGGAAUGAAGGAAAGGCACUGCCUUUUAUGUACGAGUUCAUGUCAGUAUUGCUGUGCUGUCUGAUGAAAAGUAACAGACAAAAACAUGCAGUCAAGAUGAAGGGAUCAACUAACUGACACAUCUUUUAUGUGUCUCGCACAUAAAUAUCAAAGUUGUGUGCAAAAAAAAAAAUUUCAAGAACCUCUGGAAGCAAGCCAAACAAUACUAUAAAGACUAUUGUUUUUUUCACGACUACUAAAACAGCCAACAAGUAAAACAUGUAUUCAGAAAGAUAAUCUUUUUAAUAAGACUUUUUUAUUAUUACACUAAACUGUCAUAACAGUGUCAACAUACCAUAUGAACUUAAAUUAACUUUUACAAAAAAAAAAAACUAAAUCUGUGAUUUCCUGGUUCAAAUGUGAAAUGGUGCAUCUUGGCCAUACAGUUAGUAUAUUUAAUACAUUAAUGUUUUUUAACUUGAAUUGCAAAGCUAUUCCUUAUAUCACAAGUUCCAAACAGUUUAAUAAAAGCUCACAAUUUAAUCAA